AUGAACUACCAACAAUAUCAAUUUGAAAAUAACCUGGAGACGAUGAAUUCGGAUUUUGCAAACAUGGGCAUUGCACGCCAGUCAAACACACCACUGAGUAAUUCUCAUGUUGAUGGACCCGGUCAACCCAUGUUAGCCACUAGACUGCCUCUAUCGAGGGAAUCUUCCUUGUUGGAUACCAUUGGAAUCCAGACUAAUUCGUCCCAUUUCGCCAAUAGUCCUCAAAUCCAACAACCGCAGCCUCAGUCAAACGAUGGUUUUAGAGUGAACCAAGAAUUUUAUGUUCGAAACGGUGGCAACCACCCAGCUUGGUUAGACACUGGUGCUGCUAAUGCAGGCCAAGGUUCUGCAACGAAGAAUAUCGUAGGUCAACUUAGUAUGCCAGCCAGACCUCAGUUUGGAGCUUCUAUGCAACAGACUACGAGUAACCAUUCUACUAUUUUCAACGGAUCCGUCUCGAACGCUGCCACUCCCGUACAAAGCCAUUCUUCACUAAAUAUGUUUUCUCAAUUUGGUCAACAAGGUAUCAAUCAACCACAACCACAGCAGCACCAGGCUAAUGCAGCCCAGAUGGCAUAUGCUCCAGGUAUUCCGCCCGGUGUUACCAUGCCAAUUUCAGUACAGGAAUCUUUGUGGAACUACAUCGACACCAUGGGUCAAAUUCAAGGUCCAUUCGAAUCUAGAAAAAUGGAUUAUUGGCUAUCUGGUGGGUAUUUCCCCCCGACAUUGCAAGUCACCCGUGUUACGAAUGGUGUCGCCGAUCCACUGAAUUUGAACGAUAAGUUUAUCACUGUGGGUGAAAUUCUAAAGAUGUCAGGAAGUUAUUAUAAUCCAUUUUCUGCUAUAGACAAUUUAAUAGCUGCCUCGAUUGGGAGAUCUUCGAUGCUGAACAGUGGUAUGUCCACUCCGUUGUCAUCACAAGCACCUUUAUCGAUGUUGUCAGAUACCCUUGAAAAUAAUGAUGCAGUGAAAAUUGGAAUGUCCAAUGUUGGGGCUAAGAAAAAUGAUGCGAUAUCUAAAUCCAAACAGAGGCAAGAGGAACCAUCUCAAAAACUCAAGAAUGUGAAAGACAUCAGUUCUGCAGCUUUGCUGACUGACAGAACAUUUACAUACGACGAGUUAUUAAAGUGGAAAGGUGAUGACGGAAGCUAUUUUACAGAGACUGCUGUUCCUAUUCCAGUUGGCAAAACAAAGAAGGAAACUGUGGAUCCAAAUUUUGUGAUCCCUGAAGCUUUACCUUAUAAGGAGGAGACAGAGGAACUUUUAGCCAAACUUGCUCAGCUACCCGAAACUUCGAACUCUUCCCAAACUUCUGUUGACAAGAAUGUCGAGGAAAAAUCGUCAGAAGCUAACAAGUCUGCUUCGAAGUUAAUUGAAGAAGAACGUUUUGAAAACUUGAGAAAACAAGAAAAGGAGGUGAAGAGUCAAAAACGGAAACAAGAAGGAAAUCAAAUUGAGCAACAGACAAGUGUUAUAUCUGAGAAUAUUGCCUCUGGAGUUUCCACUCCUAGUCAAUUAAAACCAAGUGUUGCGCCAUGGGCUCAUGUGUCUUCUAAAAUCGAAUUCAGCUCUGUUAUCUCUUCCUCAAUCGCAGAUCUUAAGAAAAACACACCAUCUAAAAAACAAGAAGAGCAAGCACGUUUGAAUGAAAUGAAAAUAAGACAACAGCAAAUCAUUGAAGAGGAGAAAAGAAACGAGUCAAGCGUUUUAGAGAACAAAUCAUUUGCAGCACCAACUACUCCAGUAUCUAAUUUGGCCCCAUGGGCUAAUAAAGUGAAUAAAGUUGAACCUGUUAACAUUCCGUCAUUGGAGGAGUUAAAAAAGAAUGAGAAAUCUAAGAUGAAGGCUGAUAAAUUGGACAUGGCCACCACUUUGAAAUGGAGUGCAGAUCUCUAUAGUAGUGAUAAGAAAGAACAAGAGUUAAAGUCGAUGCUUACAUGGGCUCAAAAGCCACAAACGAAGAUUCCUGCAACAAAAAUUGAAGUUCCAGUUUCUAUCAAAAAGAAACAAAACAAUGUGUUGAUUAGUAAUAAGAAAACCGAAACGACACCACUAUACUUGCAAGAUUUUGAAGACUCCGAUUUUGUCGAAGAACAAAAGAAGAUGUGGGCACAGGCGCAAACGAAUAAAAAGAGUAGCGCAAGCACCCCUGGCAGCACAGGCUCCGAUUCAUGGAUAACUGUGACCUCUAGGACGAGCAAAGCUGCUGUUGCACCAAAAGUAGUCAACCAACCAACUUCGUACAUUUCUCCUGACCAAUUGAGAAACAUCAGCACAACGCCAGUGGGCAAGGGCAAGCAAAUAGGUUCCUCGACAACCAUCCCAACAAUGAAGAGCAAAACUGUGAUGACUCCAGCAGCUCCCCAAGUGACAUACGCAGGGAAUUCUUCCAGUGCCUUGCGCCAAGAAUUUAUCAGAUGGUGUAAGAGUCAAAUGAAACUAGACUCGGGCAUUCAAGCAAACACAGUCCUAGAGGUAUUGUUCAGUCUUCCAAGCAGCCAUGACUCCGUGGAGAUCAUCUCCGACACCAUCUACUCGAACACAUCGAACAUGGACGGUAAACGAUUUGCCAUCGAGUUCAUCAAGAGGCGUAUCGAAGUAGAAUCCAAGAUCAGUGACCCAUUGACUUGGAGUGAGGCCUUGAACUUACCAGAAGGCGAAGCCGACGAUUGGGAGUUCCAGGUCGUAAAGAAGAAGAAGGGCAGAAAGCACUAG